GUUCGAGCUACUAGCCUGUUGUUCCGAUUGUCCGUUCUCAACGUAAAUAAUAUUAUAAUACAUAAUAUUAAAUUAUUAAAUAUUAUAUUAUAAUGUUGUAUGUAAAAAAAAAUAUAUAUAUCGUUUCUCUUGACAUUGACGAAGUUUUGUAACAAUCGUCGUUUUUGGUCUGGCAUUAGUUUCAAAUUAAUUCGGACUUAUAUGUUGACAACAAUAAUGAUCUCAGUACAAUGUACAAAUCUAGUAUAAAUAUUUAUAGUAAAAUGUGUUUAAAAUAUUCAUUUGUUAAACGUCAAGUAUUAAAACUAUAAGUUAAAAUUGUGUGUGAUUAAUGAAUAGUUUAAAAUAUUUUGGUUCAAUACCUAUACGUGUAAAUUAUUUAAACACGAUUUUUGAAGUGACUUUGAGUGGAUAGCUGUAUGACAGUAAAUUGAUGCGCUACUGCAGGUUGGUGAUGCCAGUUAAAAAAGUCAUCCAUUUCCUGAAUAGCACACGUGAUUCGAGACUGUUGAAGAUGGUAUCCACCUCCAUUUCUUUAGAUAGGAGGUCGUAUUCUGAAAUAAAAAUACCGAAGACACAAGUAAUAAAUGAGCUGACACUAAUGGUUAGCGGAAAUGAAACGACUAAAAGCAAAGGAUAUGACAGCCCAUAUUACAUUGCGGCUGUCGUCGAAUACUAUCCCAACGUGGGUUCCAAUCCUUUACAGUCAAUGCAAAACAAUUUACCAAUUUAUGAGGAUAUUAUUCACCAUGCUAGUCAAUAUGAUGUUGAUAUAUUGGUUUUUCCGGAAGCUGGUUUAACUGGAGUUACUUUACCCGACGAUCGAAAAGAAAUUAGAAAAUUUUUAACAGAGAUUCCUUCUCCGGAAAGUAACACCAUUCCAUGCUUUACUCAAUAUUGCAGCACGGUGUUGAAUAAACUAUCAUGUGCGGCUAGACUUCAUCAUAUGUAUGUGGUAGUAAAUUUACCGGAAAUAGAAUAUUGCAAAAUAGAAGAAGACGAUUCGUGUCCUGAAGAUUUAGCCAAUUAUUAUAACACAAAUGUGGUAUUUAAUAGAGAAGGAAGAAUCGUAGCUAGGUAUAGAAAAUUUAACUUAUUUGGAGAAUUAGGAUUUAAUCAUACUCGUUCAUCAGAAUUAUGUACGUUCGACACCGAUUUCGGAGUGAGAUUUGGAAUGUUCAUAUGUUUUGAUAUAUUAUUUCAAGAUCCCGCAGCUCGCCUUAUUCGUGAAACAGGCGUUAAAGAUAUUAUAUUUUCAACAGCUUGGUUUUCAGAAAUUCCUCUGCUUACAGCCGAUUCAGUGCAAGCUGGCUGGGCAUAUGCCAAUGAUGUGAAUCUCAUAGCAGCUAGUUAUAACGCUCCAUCAAUGGGCGGAGGAGGUAGCGGUAUUUACGCUGGUCGAGACGGACCUUUAGUCAUGUUCAUGCCUGACCGACCUGGCACUCACAUAAUACUGUCAAGGGUGUUGAAAAGACAGUACAACAACUGUGAAAUACAAUCAAAAAAAUGUUCGAUUGAUAAUAACUAUCAGACAUUUAUGUCGGAUAACCUAGUCUUACCUUAUGGUAAAGAAAAAUCCCCAUCAAAUAAAAAUCGGCCCAGUGAUUUCAGGUACUUCGCGGACAGCAGUUUCAAGUACUUCCACGUGGCGACCAUGCGGUCCGCGGACCCGGACGCCGAGCAACGGGACGACACGCUGUCCACGUCAUUCCAGUACGAGCACGACGGGUUCGAGUGCGCGAUGACGGUGCGCUGGCGGAACGAGAACAACAACGACACGACGGACUACAACAUGUUCGCGUACUCCGGCACCCGGACGUUCAGCGGCUACGUGGACGCGCACAUCGAGACGUGCGGGCUGACCACGUACAAGCCGGGCAACGGGGCCGCCGCCCAGUACGGCGGCGCCGUCGUGUACUACGACCCGCCCAAGGACCUGGUGACCAUCACGGGCAUCACGAUCGCCGCCCGGUCACCGGACCUGGGCACGCUGCCCAUACCCAGCACGCUGGACACGAACAGCUACCCGCUGACCAACGACUACUACACGUUCAGCAAGCGGACGGUGACGGUGGGCAAGCGGAAAAUGUUGGAGAUCAACAUGGAGCUGUCCAAGCCGGUCGCCAACCUGGUCACGUUCGGCAUUUACAAGCUACCGCGGGCGGUGCACCGCGGCUGACCGCCCGGACAUUAUGAUAUUAUAUAUAUUGCGUCCAUGACACUGCACAUAUACCUAUACCGUAACGUCGGCGCAGGCGCACAUACUGUUUUAUUUAUAUAUUUAUAUUUAUUGCGCAGUGCACACGUCAUUUCCUAUACACGAUAAAACAUAUUGUUUUGUAAUUUAUAAUAAUAAUAAUAAUAAUAAUACGUGCCCAACACUAUACGAUUGUGUAUAUACAAUACAUAUAUAGGUAGAGGCACUAAUACUUUUUUUUUUUUUCUAUUGAACGCCACGCGAAUACAAUAUUUUUUUAAGUAAGUACACGUUUAAUCGUAUCCGGCUAUACUCGGCCGUAGCACGGAGGGAGGCACCUUUUGCGUUCACUUGGUCGGUUGGAAAAGGGUCGGGAUCAUCGUUACACUUCUUGUAAUACAUAAAAUAUGCACCUGCACUUGCCACCCCUCACAUCACUUAAAAAUAAAUUGAUUGAUAUACAGUCUGUUGCAUAAUCAACGACAACAACGGCGUGUUAUAAUAAUAAUAUAUUGAAUCGUUUAUACGAUAUUUUUUUGUUUCUCUUGUCGUUUGCAGGCAGAACGGCCGCGAUUUCUCGCUGUGUAUAAUAUUGUUCUGUUCAAUGCGGUCGACCCGCGGACAGACAAACGGUUUUAUCGGCGGACCGUGUUGUAUAAUAUUAUAAUAAUGUCUCCAUGACAAGUGUUUAAAAUCUUAUGAGUUAUGACGUCGGUAAAACCAUUUGAACUAUAAUUCGCGACCAAUAAGUUAUAAUAUAUUAUACGGACCGUUUGUUCGAUUUUUGAUAUAAUACAGUCACGCGGCUAUCAUAAAAAUUUUAAAAUUAUACAAGAUAAAUCUAACAAUUAAAAAAAUAAAUUAUGUUUUAUAAGAUCGCGUGUUUUAUAACAUGUGAGAACUUAGAACUAUAGUGAUAAAAAUUCCUCAUUUAUAUUUCCACCUAAAUGUUUGCGUCCUCGUGGUAACAAUUUUAGCUGAUUAAUUAAUAAUUUAUAAAUAAAUAAUAAUAUAUUGUAUAAUACUGUACUGUAUUAGUAUUAAGUGUAUGUUAAUUAUAAUGGUAAUGAAGUACACUGUUUUAGUCAAGUUCGGUAUUAACGAACGUUUAAAUGUAUUUUAUGUACGUACAAUCGUAAAAUAGUUUUGUACUUUGCAUAUUUUUUUUGUUUAUGUUAUUUUAUGCGUGUACCUUCAAUUCGUUGUAAGUCUAGAUACUCGAUAGUUCCGUGUACCCCCCUUAAUUAAGGAUUAUUAGCACCUUCUCCUAGCUACGACACUGAUUUGUAAUAUUAGAGCUCACUACCAAUAACUUAUAUAAAGCAUUACACUGAAUGUUAUAAUUUAAAAACAAUAGUCAAAAUUUAUUUAUUUAUUUAUUUUAAAAAUAAAAAUGUUAUUUAACAAUUUAA